CAGUUCCCCGGCGCCCCCAUCCAGGUUGGUCGCCAGCGUUUGGCCGACGGCGGUCCCCUACACGCCCUCGUCAUCAACAACAAGGUCUCCAACGUCUGUGCCGGUGGGGACGGCGUCGGUAACGCCGAACUCGUCUGUAACGCGGUCGCCCAGGAACUCGAUCUGCCCAACGGUGCGUCGUCCGUAUUGCCCAGCAGUACCGGGGUGAUUGGGUGGCGACUCCCGGCUCAGGAAUUGGCAACCGACGUGGUUCCCAAGGCGGCGAAAGCCUUACAGAUGGAGUCGGCCCUGGCGGCAGCCAAGGCCAUUUGUACCACCGAUCGGUGGCCCAAAGUGCGCUCCCAAACCUUGAGCAACGGGGCUCGGGUGGUCGGCAUCGCUAAAGGUGCGGGAAUGAUUGAACCCAACAUGGCCACCAUGCUGUCCUACAUUAUGACGGAUGCGAUUAUUCCCAAAGCCACACUACAGACCAUGUUAACGGAAGCCGUCAACGGUUCCUACAAUUCCAUUUCCGUCGAUGGGGACGAAUCCACGAGCGACACGGUCGCCUUGGUGGCGUCCAACGUCGUUUCCAACACGGACGAAGCCGAAUUCCGCGACUCCCUCCGGGUGGUCUGUCAGGGACUGGCACAGGACAUUGUUCGCAACGGCGAAGGCACGGGACACGUGUUGCGGGUGCACGUGCUCAAGUUUCCCGGCACGGACGCCGAAGCCCGGCGACUGGGACGGCACGUGGUCAAUUCGCCGCUUUUCAAAUGCGCCGUGUCCGGGAACGACCCCAAUACGGGACGACUCGCGGCCGCCAUUGGCUCGUUCAUGGGAAAAUUUAAAAAUGACGAAAACAUC